AUGAAUAUUUCAUCAUCACUACAAACGCUACCAGAUACUUUUUUGCUUUUAUCUUCUUCUUCUCAGUAUACCCAAUUAACAAACACUUCUUUGUAUUGUCGUAAAAAAAAUAGCAGCACAAACUUCUUCGCCUUCGCUAUGUGCAAAUACUGCGCCAACCUUGAGCAAAAAAUAAAAGAUGCGGGUAUCUAG